GCACUGGUUCUCCUAAGCCCGUUGACGCGCGAUUCAGAUAAAUGUGUGGAUUUCGGCGGGGAUGGCGAGGUCUUGGUGUCUCCGCUGUCUCUAGGUGGAGCUGCUGUGGAUGCAGAGAAAUCUAAAGCGGCCGGGGUGGAGGCUCUUCGGGCAAAGAAGCGCCUUACCAAGCUUCUUUCCCAGUGCUCUCAGUUUGACAUCUUGGCUUCUCUUCAUCCAAGUCCAGCAGUUUGUGGGUUUCCAACAGAAGAGGCACGUCUGUUUAUUGCAGAAACUGGUGUCUCUCUGUUUCUGUGCUUCUGUGGUGGACUAGAGGUAAGUAAAGAACCUGACCUACAGGAAAGACAUUUGGGGGAUCUUCAAGGCCUUGUACUGCGCGAAGUAGCCAAAGUUAGUACUAAGGCUUACCAGGCUUUUUUUUCCCAAAGCACAGAUCAAGAAAUCCCGGGUAGUGGAGAAAGUCUUGAUCAACUUUAUGAACAUUGCACGUCUUCAUUGGAGAGAAUUGGUAGAAAGCAUAAAGAUGAAGAAAUGGAAAGCUUGGGAAUCGGAAACUGAAUCCUUGGAAUAUAAAUUCACAAACGGCUAUACAAAUGAUAGUGCAGGCCAAAUGGGGGAGGAGCCAACUAGGGAUGAGGUUUAUAUAUUAACCAGCACACAUAAAGAUGGGAAACUUGUUAAUUAGGAAGCAGCAGCCAAAAUUGUUUUCAUCAAGGAUCAACAUUAAAUCCAUAUCUCUUUGCAGUAGUGAUGGAUGAACUUACCAAAUCGAUCCAAGAGGAAGGCACGUGGUGUAUGCUUUUUGCAAAUGAUAUCAUAUCAUAUAAUAUAUCAUAUUGUUUACUAUAUAUAAAAGCAAAAGUUGAAUCCUACAAUUAAGAUUGUUUUGCCACUAAUGAAAAAAGCCUAUUUAAAAUUUUACUACUUUGGUUUGGCACUAACACAUUUUUAUUGUCAUCUUUCUUUUUUCUUUUUCUUUUUUGCAUGGUAAAAAUGAGAAAACUGUGGAUGACAACAAGGUGCUACUUUUCCAACUCACUCUUUUUAUUUUUGUGUUAUAAUUUAUUUGUGUAUAGUAGUUAGUAUUCACAUGCUAUCUAUCUAAUUAAUAAAUACUCACAUGAUAUUACAUACUAUUUCUCUAAUUGCAUGUUUCCUCACAUGUUAUUUAUGUAUA